CGCGCAGCGUUGGGUAUCCCGAGCAGAGCGGGUCCCGGGAACACCGGGAAGUGAGAAAGCUGUUCGGGGUAAACGGGUGGUUAACGGGUGGUGGGGUGCACGCCGAGGAGAUCCGUUCUCCCGCGUGCGUGUUCGCGAGGAGAGACGAGGCUUUCAGGGGUUUCCGGACGGCAGGGAAAAGUUGGCGGAAACUUCGACGAGCAAGUUCGAGUCCAUUCACGCCGCGUCGCGCGUCCCGCUGAAUUAAUGUAGGACAGACGAUAAGAGGUACCCGAAAGCGAGAUAAGGAUGCUCUCGGAAUGGUCCAGCUGUCUCCGGUUUCUCAUCGCCGCGGCCCUCCUCCUCCCCGACGGGUGCCUCGGGAUUCAAAAGUUCGAGGAGACGCCGGGGUAUACGGAGGUCAACCCAGGCCAGGACGCGAAGCUCUCGUGCCGGGUGCGCGACAAGCGGGGACAAUGCAUAUGGCAGAAAGACAACAAGCUGAUCGGAAUGCUGAUGAAGAAGUACGAGUGGGCGGCCGCCCCCGACGCGGGGGAUUGUUCCCUCUGGGUUCGCUCCGCGGAUUUAACUUUCGACGACGGGAUAUGGCAGUGCCAGGUUACGCUCAGCGACUUUGCCGCACAGGAUGCGCUUACCUCAGACCCGGCGCGACUCGUAGUACGAGUGAGUCCGAAACGGCCAGACAUCGAAUACGGACAAAUCACGAUUCUACCAGGAAGCAACGUGACGGCGCGUGCCGGCGAAGUCGCUCACCUAAGCUGUGCCUCCCGAUACGGGAACCCCCCGGCAUUGCUGCGAUGGUACCUAGGCGAAACGGAAAUCCGGCCGCUGCGGCCGCAGGUGAACUCUACGGAGAAGGAGAAUCCUCGGACGUGGAUGGCGCGCAGCGUCGUCGAUGUUUUGGCGGAGAGGUCGCGUUACGGUGAGCCGAUACGUUGCGUCGCGCAGCACGCGGCCUACGCCAACCCGAGUUCAACCCUAGCGACGGAGGUGCGGUUCGACGUGCGCUACGCCCCGGAGACCCGUUUGGUCGGAGCACCGGGAGGCGGCGUCCACCUGGAGGAAGACAGGGACCGGCUGGCCGUUCGAUGCGUCGCCAACGCGAAUCCGCCCGCCUCGAUCCUCUGGAAGCGGUCGACGGGACUCGGGGGAGCUACCGAGGUGGUCAGCAGGGACGAGACCCUGAUCCUCUCCCCGAUUCAACGGAGCCACGCUGGGCGAUACUUCUGCGAGGCGGCGAACUCGGUUGGGGAGAGCAGCCCUCUGUCCCUCCAGAUAUCCAUAAACUAUCCGCCGAAGAUCACAUCGGUGGGUCCCGAGCGUCUGACGACGGCGCUUCUCUACACCGGAGCAUCCUUCGAGUGUUACGCGGACGCGAUGCCGCCGCCCGAAUACAGGUGGUUGCAGGUGUUUCCGGACGGCCGAGAGCCGCAGGUCCGUGGGCAGGGGCAGCGGUUCUUCCUGAACAACGUAACCUACGAUCAGCAGGGACAGUACAUCUGCCUGGCGUUGAACGUGAUAAACGGCAACACCCGGGAAGCGAGGAGCGACCCGGUCUCCCUCCAGGUCGUCGGCGCGCCAAGGGUGGUGAGACCGGCUCGUUCCGAGACCUCGAUCGUCUCAGCGACGGAAGGAGGACCGGCGCGACUCGAGAUAAGGCUGUGCUCGGAUCCGCGGCCGCGGCUCGUCGCCUGGGAAUGGGGAAGAAUCCGCCUUCACGCUGGCGAGGUCCUUGAGUCCCGAUACCGCGCCCUCGACCUCGAGCCCCUCGCCUUCGCCGAGGACUGCUACGCCGCCAUCCUCGAGCUAACCAGCACAGCCAAGGAGGAUCAGCGCUUGUACAACGUCACCGUCGAGAACGACCGAGGCAGCGAUCGCCGGACCCUGAUGCUCAGGGUGAACGAGCCGGGACAGAUCCCUCUGGUGAUCGGUGCCGUUGCCGGUUUCACCGUUCUCUCCAUACUGAUAAUGGGCUUCGUGUGUUUCCUCCGGACCGAGCACUGCUGCUUUGCCCGGAACACGGUGCCGGCACUUCAGCAGGUUCAUUGCAGCGGGAAGCCGCAGCAGUCGGAGUGCGCCCGGGAGGUCGAGGACACCAGGCUCGGCAUAGAAACUAUGGAACGCACGACGCAACGGUACGCGCACCAGAAACAAUUACAGGCCCACACUCUGAAGCCCGUGUCUUCUCUCCACUAUCAGCAGUGCUACGACCACGAGCCCCAGCCCCAGCCUCAUCCCCAGCCUCAGCCCCUGCAGCCGCAGCGGCACCAGCGACAUCACCACCGUCAACAUCACGUCAAACAGCCCCUUCACGGUCCGCAGUGCGAGUUGCAGACCAGGCACCCGGACACUUCGACCAACGACUCGACGACCAGUCUUUGGUAAAUUUUUCCAACUCUGAUAAGACGUCAUGUCAGUGAGUCAGUCAGUAAGUCAGUCGGUCGUCUCACCGCGGUCGAUGAUCACUAUCGCGUACUGCGAGGCAGAGUGCAGGGGUGGGUUACGCACUAGACUUGCGACCGAGCGCCUUUUGCGGUCGUUUUAAUCCUGGGUAUUAUAUUUGCGUAUCUACCUGAUUCCUUUUUGCUUUCGCGCCCGAGAGAAUCUUUUCUCCCGUGUCAUCCAACGGCCGUAUAAAGAUAGCGAGAUAGGAUAUCGCGGGGGUGAGUGAGUGAGGGUGGAAGCAGCAGCUACAACGCUGUCGAAAUGAAAACGUUGCUUCUUUUACGGCUCGGUGCCUGGAUGGGACGCGGGGGUCUUCGUCCUUUUUAUUUCAUUUUUUUUUCUUUUUCUUUUUUAUGAUUUCUCAUCUUUUCUUUUUUUUUUUUUUGUCAUUUUAAUGCAUCGUUUUAUUUUGACUACAAUGCCGUCGGACGAAAACGUUACACGAGUCAAGUCGCAAAGAAGACGGAUCCAGUUUGAAUCGACACGCGUAUUUUCCACCAUUUCUACGUACGUCGGCAUACGUGUAUAAUAUAUACGGAAUGUAAUUAUGCAGGGGCAAGCGCUGGUAUAGAAUACGCGGAACACGUCGGUAUACGUUAUAAGCGAGAUUAAAGAUUCCUCGAUCUUCCAGACUAUAACAUCACGUUUUCUUGAAAACAUAUUAAUCUCUCCUCAUAUUACGCAAACUAUACUUUUCCAUCUAUGAAUAACGCGCGUCACGCUGCAACAGACGAACAGUGACAUCACGCCUGUGUGUUGGGAAAAAAAUUUGCACUGACUAAUGAAUGAGGCACGAGGUUUGAAUCGAAUGCGUAAGUGACAACUUUUUGAUCAUGCAUCAUUCGCGUAGCUAAGUAUAAUGACGAUUCAUUCCGAGCAUGAGUGGCAAUGUAAAUACGUGAUGAAACUUGGCUGUGGGUGAAAAGAUAAAGGGUUGGUAUUAUUGAUUCAGUGAAUCCUUUACCUCGCAGUGUUUCAACCGGUACCUGUAGGCUAAUGGAUAAAACCACAGCCCAGGACGCGGUGCUGGACUCGCGUUCCUUGGAUAUUAUGUUCUACCAUGUAUCUCUUGUCUUCUAUUGUAUUCGGUAUAAGAGAUUUAUGAUUAUCAUUGCCGUAUUGUCGAUAUUGGCAAUCGGAGAGAACGUUUAUUGUCAGUUGAAUUGCAUGGUGAGAUUGAAAUGAUUAAGAAUAAAUGACGAAAUAAAUUAUAUCUGCACAUCCUAAAAAGUAACAUCUAUCCCGUCAAAGCAUACCCAUGCCUGUAAUUGUCUAUCCCAUCUGCUCGUUGAGCGUAUCUCCCAACUUGACAUUAUUUAUUUAUUCCUAUUAAAAUAAACAUCACCGUCCCUUGAUCGCUUGAUAAAACAAGGUAGGGUUUGAAAUUUCCGCAGAAUACAUAACAGAUUAUCAAUUUCCCAUCAAACGAUAACGGAUCACUCGUUUUUCUCACCUGAUUCGAGACGAGUAGCUUUCUACGUCCAACACAAGAAUAAAUAAAUAAAUAAAUAAAGUUAAAUCGUAACUUGACGUAUUUAAGUAACGUAUUUUCCGUCACAAUCAGGAUCAUGCUGGCUUGCCUCGUGAGUUCGCCGUGAAAAUAUUCAGAUGAAAAAAAAAAAAAAAAAAUGUCAAGAACGAGAAACGGAAUGAAAUAAAUAAGCAGAAAUGAAAAUCAAUCUUAUACAGAUGAAUUUAUCUCCUGUUCAAACACUUACGUGUGACCGCCUGAUUCCGAGUCGAUUCCGCAGCGGGAAUUCCACCCUAGCUGCCACAGGUGGAAUCCAAGCCCGCAGCAAAUCGUUGGGGGAUGAUCCGCAUCCGCAGGCAUCGUUCGAAAGCACGGAUUUCCUGCCCACGCACUUCUCUCUCCGCACAGAUUUCUCUUCUCCGUCAAAAACUAUAUCUGCCGCACGAUCUACCGGAGGCUGGGCU